CAGGAGAGGUGGCAGGAGCUCUGCUGACGUGCCAAACACCUGGGCUGUCUCAACUACAGAGUCUGGGAGAAGAUGCAGGACGUCAUUACAUACACUCCUGUGACUCUGGACCCCAACACGGCUGAUACCUGCCUGUCUCUGUCUGAUGAUCUGACCAGCCUGCGGUACACAGAGGAGGAGGAGAGACUCCCUGACAACCCAGAGAGGUUCUGUUACUAUGAGUGUGUUCUGGGUUCCGAGGGCUUCAACUCCGGACGACACACCUGGGACGUGGAGGUGGGCGUGAACAGCGAGUGGGCCGUGGGUGUGGCACGGGAGACGGUCUCGAGGAAGGAGUGGUUCCCCCCGAGCCCAGAGAGGGGCCUGUGGACCAUCUGUUACUAUGGAGGUGAAUACCGCGCCCGCACGGCCAGCGCCACCCCCCUGGUCCUGAAGAGAAGGCCCCUGGAGGUCAGAGUGCAGCUGGACUGGGACAGAGGCAGGGUCAUCUUCUCCGACGCCUCAGACAACACGCUCAUCUACAAGUUCCAACACAAGUUCACCCAGAGAGUGUUCCCUUACUUCUCCAACACCUGCAAGAGACAUCCUCUGAGGAUCUCCGCCGGGAAGGUGUCAGUGACAGCGGAGUAGCUUGGUUUAUUAAGUUAGAGCUGAUUUGGUAAACCUACAGUGAGGGACAUUAAAAAGACGUUGCUGCAGAACAGGUAAAAACAUUUGCUUCAAAGUGGAUGCACCUCUGCUGCAGAAAAGGCAUUUUGAAAAAGUCACUUUUUUAUGCAGCUACGUGACUGCUUUCUGUCUCUCUUGGUUCUAAUUUAAAUAGAUAAUUACUGUCUCUCUCUCUGUGUGUUCUAAUUUAAAUAGAUCAUUACUGACUUGUGCCGCAAUGUAAACAUGCAUGCUAUAAAAGAUCUUUAGUCUUUCCAUCAGAGGGUAUGAAUGCAGGGCUUGAAUGACCUCCAUGUGACUUGCACUCAUUUCAUUUAACAGUAGCAAUGUGGUGCAUUAUAUGGUUUCUAUGACAGGGGACAGUAUAUGGUUUCUAUGACAGGGGACAGUAUAUGGUUUCUA